AUGAAGCUCUCCAGCAGCGUUUUCUCCCUGGGCAUGGCCGGUCUCGCCGUCGCCACUCCGGUCCCCGUGCACCUCGACAUCCGCGCCGAUAAGUACUGGUACAUGAACGGCUGGGGCAAUCCCAACUGCCAGGGUUCCUUCUUGUGGGCCUACCAGGGGAACGGCAACGCAUGUGUCAAUGUCCCGGCGAUGGCGGCGUCGGUCAGCUUCGGCAUCUCCCCUGGUGUGGCGGAGCUUGGACUGGUAAACUUACCAACCUGUGGACUCGCGCGCUCCGCUCUCGUCGCCGGAACCCCCGACGCUACAACCAGCGACUUCAGUCCCACUGUGCAGCUGAUCGAGGUCAACGGUGAUGGCGACAGCGGCCUCGAAAAGCGACAAGUCCACACCAGUUGCAACAACAGCAAGGAAGGGGUUUGGGCUUUCCGAAUCAGAUGGGUUUGA